AUGACCUCACGUAACUAUGAGACAGAUCCAGUAUAUCGUGUAAAAGAACUCUAUGAACAACGAUCAGCUCUACAAUCCCAAUCUGAUCAAUUACGUGCGGAUCGAGAUGCCAUCCAACAAAAGAUUCGUCAAUCAUCUUCUAAUUGCGAUCGUUACGUUCAAGAAGCUAAAAAUCAUAAAGAACGAUUAAAGCAAAUAAUGAAUCAGUUAAUAGCAGUGGAUGCUGAACUCCUUGAACAAGCGUUACAGAUCCCCAAUGAAACACAUGUGGAUGUGCCUCGAGGAUCUGAAGCUAACGCACGUGUGAUCAAGACCGUUGGUAAACCUUUGCAAGGGGACGCACUUGAAGAUCAUGUAUCCAUCGCACAACGGUUAGAUUUGAUUGAUUUUGAACAGGCUUCACUUAUUUCGGGAUCCAAGUUUUAUUAUCUCAAAAAUGGAGCCGCCUGGCUUGAAUGGGCUCUUAUCCAAUAUGCAAUGCAAAAGGCAGCACUACGAGGAUUUGAACCCGUCUUGACGCCCGAUAUUGUUAAAACAUCAAUUGCUUAUGGCUGUGGAUUUCAACCACGAAAAAGGGAAGCGUCUCAGAUUUAUGAUGUAUCAACACCAUCAAGUAAUACGCAAAUGUGUUUAGUAGGGACAGCUGAAAUCCCUUUAGCAGGCUUAAUGGCCAAGAAAAUGUUGAAUGAAGAGGCAUUACCGAAACGUAUGGUAGGGUUUAGUCAUGCUUUCCGAGCUGAGGCAGGACAUGGCUCUGCUGAGGAGCGAGGUCUUUAUCGUGUUCAUCAGUUUUCUAAAGUGGAGUUAUUUACUGUCACUACACCUCAACAAAGUGAAGCAAUGUUAGAAGAAUUAAGAGAAUUACAAGAAGAUAUGUUUCGUGAUUUAGAGCUUUGUUUCCGUGUUUUGGAUAUGCCAACUGAGGAAUUAGGAGCAAGUGCCUAUCGAAAAUACGAUAUAGAAGCUUGGUUACCCGGUAAAAAUGGUUGGGGAGAGAUUUCGUCUACUUCAAAUUGUACAAAUUAUCAAUCACGUAGAUUAGAUAUUCGCUAUUUAUCAAAAGAUUUUAAAGAACAAGUAGGAACUAAAGAUGUACGAGUCCCUUGGCAUAUUAAAGAAAAGUGGGUAGAUUACUGUCAUACUUUAAAUGGCACGGCUAUGGCAGUGCCUCGUAUGAUUAUCGCUCUUUUAGAAACUCAUCAACGUCCAGAUGGCACAGUUCAUAUACCUUUACCUCUUCGUAAAUGGAUUCCUGGUGAACCAAGUGUAUUACAAUAA